AUGACACUUAACCAACGAUUUGAAACCUUGAAAAACCAUAUUCAAGCCAUCGCUCAACUAUUGGAUGAUGAGGAAAUGGUGGAAGUUUACUUAACGAUCGUAAAAAUUACCAAAGGAGGAUCAGGUGAAAUAUUUUCUAUUCCAGGAAGGAACCGGUGCACUGAAGGACAAAUUAUCCAUGACAAUUUGAGGGUCUAUUUACAGGAUUUAAUGGUUGAGGAGCCAUCCAGUUUAACUCUCGAUUUGGAUAUACCAGGCGAGGAAUGGGAAACCCAACUAGCUUAUGUCGUAGGAUUAUUAUUGGCAGGAAACCAACGAACUCAAACCAAUGAACAAAUUUUGAAAAACUAUUUCAAAAUGGGAUUCACACGUAGGACCUAUCAACUUUUUGUGGAGCAAGGAACUUUAUAUCUCCAUACCGUUCAACAUAUUACUCCUUCUAUAUUGGAAAAUAUGCAUGAAGUAGAUUUCAUUGAAGUUCUACUGCCAAGGGCUCGCGAAUUAAGGGAGGAGGA